AUGGUCCGCGAUCAAGCAGCUAACCCGUUCGGUGAUGGUCCUGAUCAAAUUAUAAAUGUUAUUAACGAUGUUUUUAUUCCCAAAUAUUCUGUAUUUGGUCGUCAUCAUUUUAUUAUGAAAAAGGAAUUAUCAGCAUUAGUCAUUGUUUCCAUAGGUGAAUCAUCGAGCGAAAAACAAAGAUUGCUGGAAGAUUUGGCAAACAGUACCAGCUCUUGGUACAAUUAUUUCAUUGAACAACAAGUAAUUCCUGCUGGGUCGUUAGAAUUUACUUACCGUGACUUUUUAAAUCAUGGCUGUUAUCCGUUCGCUAUCAAUGAAUUGUUUAAUGGGGAAGUCAAUGAACGAUUGGGCAAUAGACAGCUUUCAACACAAAUCUUACUGCGAUCUCCUCUCAGCAGUACAAGUUCAAAGUCAAUUUUUAAUCUAUCGGAAUUUAUUUACUCACCAAAUGAAAAUAAUCCGUAUCCUAAUUACAUUUAUUUAAAAGGAUUUCUAGUUGACUUUAUUCGUUUUGUUACAUUACCAAUUCAGUUGGCAGAAUCCGAACAAUUAAGAACACAAAAACCUAUAAUGACACAAGAACAAUCAGAUGGACGUGCUAUUUUAUGUCACAGAUCAACAGAGUCAAACAAGUUUUUCAAAGGCCAUUCAACAUUUUUCAUGCGUGUUACUACUUUUUUUAGUUCAUGCGACCUGCAAGUUCCUGUUUUCGUGGACACAAGUAACCCACAUUUUCGAACAGCCGAAACACUUGAUCCAAUAUCAACAGUACUACGUGCUUAUCAUGAAUUAGUUUUGGACGCGUGUUCGGUUGACCAAUGCAAUGAUACACCAUUGGCGCGAUGCUUUUCGACAUUUUUUGACGCAUUCAAAUUGAUUGACAAUGACCAAUAUGAUGAGAUAUUAGCGACAUAUUUGACUGAAAUUCAAAGCUGUAAUUAUUUCGAUGACACAGAAAAAUAUUUAGAAAAUCUUGAAAUACCACAGUCAGUCGGUGAAGUUUAUGAAUACUUUAAAAAUGAAUUAAUCUCGUUCAAAAAAACUUUCACAGAUUUACGACAUGGUUCUGAUGAAAAGCGCAAAACUGCAACAUAUUUAUAUCAAUCACUAUGUAACACAAUAAUAUUUCACUUUUAUGAAUCUAAAUUGGAAAAAUUUCCAGUCGAACUAGAUAUCAAUGCUCCAUCAUGGAUUUUCUCGCCAUUUGAAAAUAAAAUCGACUUUGAAUCUUUCAUCAUUCCAGAUAUGUCGCAUGAACUAUUGAUACCGUUAGAUUUAGAAUUUUCUCGUCUUCGUAAAUAUUUACAAGAACUACACAAAAAUGGCAUCAUUCUUUUUUCUUCGAAUCAAAUUAAAUCGUUUGAUGGUUGUUUUCAAAAAUUAUUCAUGGUUCAAACAAUCACUUAA